GCCUCCCCGGACCUUGAAGCGACGUAGGCUGGGGCGACAUCGCGCUGCUGCGCGCCUUCGGCGUCCAUGACAGGAAGGGCGGGCGGGCCGGCCGGCCGAGGGAUCCAGCGUAGGGUCGGCUUGCCUGAAAUAGGCUCCAGUCCCAGAAGUCUCAAAAACUACCCGGAAAUUGACGUUGUUCUCGCUCCCCAAAAUAAAGGACCGGCUAAGCCGAGCUGCUGUUUUCUCUGGACAGGCAGUUUCUCUCGAGGUGCCUUCCUUGCACGUUCGGCUUAAAACUUCGUUUGGGUGUAAGGGGCUCUCAAAGCGACUCGAAUCGUGUUGUAGUUGUACCUUUCUCCGGGACCGGCUGGGAGAGGAUCGCGGUUCCUCUCCGUGGCGGGAUAAAGAAGAGAGCUUUCUUCAUUCUCGUUUUACGCUCAAAAAAUCAAAUUACUGGUUCAGCUUUGCCCUCUCUCACUAUCUCUCAUCUUGAAAAAAUGGGAAUUCGGUAAUAUAUUUAAUGGCUUUCAGAACAGUAGGAGUGAAAACGGAACUUCUGGCAUGUCUCCACAGACUGGCACAAAGUUAUGCUGACAUAACAAAGGUAUUUAAUGACCCAGUUCAUGGUCACAUUGAAAUGCAUCCUCUCCUUGUUCGAAUCAUUGACACACCUCAGUUUCAGCGUCUUCGAUACAUUAAACAAUUGGGUGGUAGUUACUAUGUUUUCCCAGGAGCAACACAUAACCGCUUUGAACAUUCCCUUGGGGUUAGCCAUCUAGCAGGCCGUUUGGUCCAGACACUUCAAGAGCGACAACCAGAACUGUUGAUUGACCAGAGAGAUAUUUUAUGUGUCCAAAUUGCUGGCCUUUGUCAUGACUUGGGUCAUGGACCAUUCUCACAUAUGUUCGAUGGAAGAUUCAUCCCACUAGCUUGUCCAGGAUUAAAAUGGAAGCAUGAACAGGCUUCUGUUCAGAUGUUUGAGCACUUAAUCAUGUCCAAUAAGCUAAAAUCAGCCAUGGAAUAUUAUGGUCUCAAACUGAAUGAAGAUAUAGACUUUAUCAAAGAACUGAUAGCGGGACCUAUUGAGGCAAAGCCAGGUGUUUUGAAGAACACGUGGCCUUAUCGUGGGCGAUCAAAAGAAAAGAGCUUUCUUUAUGAGAUAGUGGCUAACAAAAGAAGUGGAAUUGAUGUUGAUAAAUGGGAUUACUUUGCUAGGGAUUGUCAUCAUCUUGGGAUCCAGAACAACUUUGAUUAUGAACGCUUCAUUAAAUUUGCUCGUGUCUGUCUAGUGGACGAAGAGAAGUGUAUUUGUACCCGUGACAAGGAGGUUGGAAAUAUGUAUGACAUGUUUCAUACACGAAACUGCCUGCACCGUAGAGCCUACCAACACAAAGUUAGCAACAUCAUUGAAACCAUGAUUACAGAUGCCUUUUUAAAAGCUGAUCCCUAUAUCAGAAUAAAGGGUUCUGCAGGAAAAGAAUACAAGAUCUCUACAGCAUUGGAAGAUAUGGAAGCAUAUACUAAACUAACAGAUGAGAUCUUUCUACAGAUUCUACACUCCGAUCAACCAGAACUGAAUGAAGCACGGGAAAUUUUACGUAAAAUAGAGCGGCGUGAUCUUUAUAAAUGUCUUGGAGAGACUCAGCCUCAAGGCAAUGAAAUUAAACAGGAGCAGUAUGAUGAAUUGUCUGCUGAAAUUGUUAAAGCCAAACCAGUGAAAUUCCCAGAGGAUGCUGAAUUAAAGGCCAUUAAACUGAAGGCGGAAGACUUUAUCAUUGAUGUUAUCGAUAUGGAUUAUGGAAUGAAAGAGAAGAACCCUGUUAAUAAUGUUAAUUUUUACUGUAAGUCUGACAUCACUAAGGCAAUCAAAAUUACUAAAGAUCAAGUUUCAAAGCUUCUACCAGAAAAAUUUGCAGAACAAAUAAUUAGGGUUUAUUGUAAGAAAACGGAUGAAAAAUUUAUCUAUGUUGCUACAAAGCAUUUUAUUCAGUGGUGUAUGAACAGAAAUUUCACAAAACCAUGGGAUGGUGAUGUGGUUGCCCCUGAACUUACUCCAAUGAAAGCCAACUGGAAUGUAACUGAAGAUGAUGAAAAGCAUGGUUCAAGGGAAAACAGUAAUGUUUCAAAAUCCAAAACCAGACUUUCUUUUUAAAGACUAAGUGAAUAACUUCAGUUUCUUUUGGAUGCGUUGGGAUUUGUUCUAUCAUGGUUUUUAUAUAUAUAUUUAUACAUAACAACAUUGAUGUGUUAAACAAUAUAAAAAGACAUAUUUUACCUCAAGAAUAUUUUGUAAUACUUCAGAAAAUAUCUGCACAGUACCAUUUGGAAAACUGAAAGGAAAGUGUCUUUUAUUGAAGACACGUUAAAGAUCUCUUAUUUGUUCUGGCUUUCACAAUACAAAUUAAUGUUAGUGUUGUUGAUCUGGAACCAUUUCAUUUUGUUGCUAUUUUAAAUGUGUGUGAGAAAAGUAAGAACUGUCUUUUCAAACUGAGAGUCAGAAGGGAAAAUGCCAGCACACAAGCAUCAAAAAAUAUGAAGACUGGCUUACUAUUUCAAGACAUAUUUCAUUUUUCUAAGAUCACCAAAAUAAUACAUUUUAUCUGCUAGCACAAACACUAUGUGGAAAUGAUAUUGAGGGGGUUGGGAGAGGAUAUAGAACCUUAAUUUGUUUCUUUUUGUUAUAGAAAUAAUUUUAUUUCUAAUUGUCUUUUCUGAAAAGCCACUGGCAUUCCCACAAAUCAUGACAGCUGAAGUUAGCUUAUGUUAACUUAGCAUUAAAUGUGCUCUGGAACAAUUGGGACCCUAAAAUUUUAGACUUUUAAAAAGGAAACUUCAUUCAUCUAUUUAAUAGCUAAAGAAAAUAGUAGCAACAACAAAAGAACAAACUGCUCAACACAUACUGGCCUUAACUCAUGUCAGAGAGAAAUAAUUUGAUUUACACAGAGGUAAGAAGGUGUUGAUCAUUUUAAGGUAAGACACAUCAAAGUAGAAGAGUUUACUUUCUAUACUAGAAUGUAUUUAGGCACUGGAAGGAGAAGCAUUAUUUGUAUUGUCUGUUCCUGUACUGAGAUUUUACAUUUUCCCUCCAAUUGUAAUGUAUAGGAAGAAAUAGGAGGGGAAUUAUGCUUGCCAGAUCCAGGUCCAUUGUGCAUUCCUUCCCAAGGCAACUGGGAGCAUUGUAUAUCCUGCAGAUUCAAAGUUGCCUCUGAUCUGCCCCCUUUUGGCUCUAUUGAAGUAGAAAUUCUAAUAUGUGAGAGGCAAGGGUUGCAGACAUUGUCAUUGCAAGGGACUAUGAGGGAUAUCCAAGAAUAGAUCUCCCACUGUGAGGUUGGAACUCUCUUCAUAAUCUGAAGAUGAAGAGACUAUAGAAGUGCAGCUUUUGGGUGCAGUCCUGUGAAAUUGCUGCCCUUGGAAGCGUCAAACUAAUCUGUGCCCUGCUAGGCUGCUACCAACAGGAUGGGAGGAGCAAUGGAGGGGAUUUUUGCUUUCCCAUCCUCUUUCCCAUUUUCUCCAGAGAACCUGCCUCAAGGAGUUGCACUGAUAGUGGCAGAACCAUGGCUGGGGCUUCAGGUAGGAGCCCUCCAGUCCCAACAGCUCUAAGUGUUUCCCCCCUCCCAACCCAGGGAAAAUUGCCAUUUUUUACUUCUGCUAGAUCAUUUGAAGUUGAUUUUCUCAGAUAUAGCCACUGUAGUUCUUUCUUCCAUGGUUGCAAGGAGUGGCGGGGAGAGCAGAAUGCAGUCCUCUUCUGAAAUACCAGGGAGCGCCCUACGACUAUGAUGACUGGGACUGUGGUAUCUCUGCCAGGUACCACUGGGUCGCUCUGUUCAUGUCUCAUAUUUCCACAGAUUACAAGAUUGUAUUUUUGUUGAAUAAUACAUUGUUCCUUUAAAUUAUUUUUAGGAACAGAUGUCUAUGAUGUGCACUUUAUGGUGAUGAAAUAAAGUGCUUUGUGUAUGACAAGUGUGCCGUCCAUUGUGGGGACUGAGAUUUCAUCUCUUGCUUUUUCUUGGAGCCUCUUUUCAUGGCUCUGGGUCAGUGUCAGAACAAUUGUAUCAAUCUUUUAAAUACUCUGAGCUGCAUCCAGAGUUGUCAUCCUCCAGCAGAAGGGCUUGAUGCAUUUGUAGAAAGGACUACAAUCCAGUGGAGGUUCCUGUUGGAAAAAAGGAUGGAGAUUACUUCUCCAGACCUUUAUGCCAUGUUCCACAGCAGGUCUAAAAAAAGCCAACAGGUGAAGGAAGUUGGUGAAAUCACUUCCUCUCUUUCCUCCAGUGGGAGCAGAACUGGACUCCCAGCGCCAAGAGUCUGUUUAAAAUGAACUUUGUUGAGGGUUUCUGUUAAAACUUAAGAAAAAGCAGUAUCCAGGGCUUUACUUGAACCCCUACCACAUAUUUGCACCUGAAUCUGGAAGUCUCAUUUGUUUACAACCACGUAUCUCUGUGCAUUAGCCUUCCACGUGUGGAGGGUUAUUUUAAAGGGCCAUGCAAUCAACAAUGUAUGUAGUGCAUGGACUAGAUUGUGCAAAGUGAUAACAGGAUGAGCAAGUUAAUUGAGUUCCAUCAACUUAAAUUGGAAGAAAGCCUUUUGCAUCCUAAGUUGUCUUUGAAUUAUAUCUCAUGUUUAAUAAGGCAGGCUUGGGAGCACAGCACACAUGCAGUGAUCUCUAAAGCAGUACUGAAUUGCCAGAGCUGUAAAUGUUACAAAUUCUGUGUUUUGCAUGUCUGAAUAUGAAUCUUGAGAUUUGUUGAUUUCAGCUUAGUAAUAAAAGCCCUAAUGGUUGAUCUCUU